UAAAUUACGACACAUGGGUUAGCGAUGGCGAACAACAACGAGUACGAAACAGAUUCAGAAGAGGAAAAAGUUAUCAAACUCCGAGAAAAAUUAAUAGUUUUACGAUUUAAGGGCUUAAAUGAAGGAUUAAGCUUACGAGAAAUGCAAAAUAUUAUUUUAAAAAGUGCAACGAAACCAAACAAAUGCCAAAAUGAAGUGACGGCUAAAAAUAAAAAGGAGAACGUUCCACGACCAAUACGAGUGUUAAAUGUUUGUUCGAGCUUUGCCUUUUUGGCACUUUUGGUUGCUGUUAUAUUUCAGAAUAGAGAUAUUUUUAAGUCGCAGUGUGCUGUUCUAAACAAUUACAUUGUUAUGGAAGUGACAAGACCAGUAACUGACUGUAAUAUCUGCAAAGAUGUAGACAGUGUUGUUGUUUUACAGAAUAUAACGAGAGAAAUUUUUGCCAAAUAUGCAUACAUGUCGCGGCCUGUUUUGGUUAAGGAUGCCACUGUAAGUUGGAAAGCUUUGAACACUUUUAAUUUCUCUUUCUUCCGAAAGCUUUACUCUGAAAUAGGUGGAGCCUAUAAAAGUGUGGAGGAAGAAUGUCAGUUCUUUCCUUUCAAAACAAAUUUUUUACAUCUUCAAGAUGUUUUCAACAUGCCAGAAGAUAGAGCAAUGAUGAAAACAAGAGAUUCUAAAACGUGGUAUAUUGGGUGGAGUAACUGCAAUCCCGAUGUCGCAGAAGUUUUACGUCACCAUUACUCUCGACCCCAUUUUCUCCCUGACGAUUCGGAAUCAAGUGCUAUUGACUGGAUUUUUAUGGGUUACUCGGGACCAGGUGCCAGUAUGCACCUGGAUUACGUGUAUCGCCCGUCAUGGCAGGCACAGAUAGCAGGAAGAAAAACAUGGAGGCUAUUCCCGCCUCCCGAGUGUGAAUCAGUGUGUACCUCAAUGAACGUCACUGUUGUCAAGGGAGACAUAAUCUUAAUCGACACCAACCAAUGGUAUCAUGAUACUUACAUUGAGCCUGGAGAAAUGAGCAUUACGAUCGGAUCCGAGUACGACUAGUUUGCCAUCUAGUGGAAUAUUCACAAACUAAAGCACAACACUACCUCUUUCAGUUAUCAAGUCUUUGAUUUCACUUUAUUUUCCUCAACUAAAAAAAUGUUUUAAAACUAGGAACCAGAAUCAAAUAAUUAUGAGUUCCAAGGUAUUCAAACAAAUACUUAUUUUUGUCCCUACGUUCAAAGGGGGAAUGCAUACAACAACAAACUUUUGUGUGAAACAAAAGUAAAUGUGUUUGUAAAAUAUGGUAUUAAAAAUCUAAAUAUUUAAAGAUAUUAAAAUAUUUUUCAUUAAAUGUUGUUUAUAUGGUGGUUGUAACUUUGUAAAAAAAAUCAGUAUUGAUAUACAGAAAGGUUUUAGAAAUAUCCAACUGAAUUUGGUUUUCGUAAUUUUAAGGUUUUUUUAUUAUGGGUUUUUUUAAACCCACCUGCCCGAGAAUAGUAGUUUCUUAAACAAAAAAUAAACAUAUUUGAUAUUCAAAUAUAAAUUGUAUUUAAACAUACUAGUGAUGAUUGUGUAAUAAAUACAUAACGUGUCCAGAUUAUUCAUAAAUAUUUUGGAAAAUUGAUUUUUUUGUUUUUUUUUUUUACUCGGAAGAUCUAAGCUAUUUAAUUUGCAGGGUUUUUUGGUUGGUGUUAAUUUCAGUACUUUCGUAUGUAGCACAGAAAUAAUAGUGUCAUACAGCUUGAUUUCAUGGUUGAUCUGUUUAUCACAGUAAAUAAUAAUAUUUUGAAAAUGAAUGUUAAACUUGGAUCUAUCGUACUUCCGGUCUGUCGUACUUCCGGUAUUACACACCUUACAAAAGUCGUCGAUUUUUUUUUUAUUCAAUACAGUCAAGUCCUAAAUAAUUUCAGGACUUAUCUAGUUUUAUUUAUUUUAAUUGACAUCGUAACGUGUUUGAUGUGACCUGUCACGUGGAAAAUACACAGAUUAGCAAGUCAGCCAAUAACAACACUCGUAAGUCCCAUGAUGUUUCUUGAAUAUAUACUUGGUGUAAUCGUCCUAGAACAGGUAGAAUUAAGAUGUAUUUUUUUAUAGUAGUAGCUGGUUUAUUUAUAUAUCGGUUAGUUUUGAAUCAAAAUGUUUCAGUUGUGUGUGGUUUAAAACAUUAUUCAAUGUUUACAUCAUAUACUUGCGUUAUUCUAGUACUUUUUGUACGUGUCAUAGAUUUGGACAGUUGUUAUAAUUGUUGUUGUGGAGUAUAGGUGCUUGAAUAUGCCACUAAAAUGUGUCUUCCAGUUAGAGUGGCCAAACUGUAGAAAAAAUUGUUUAUGUGCAAUGUUAGAGUAAGCUUAAAGAUAGAUAUGUUUAAUAUUAUAUUUUUAAUAUAUAAAAUCUAAACAAUAUUGCUGACGGUAUGUGACACUGUAUCCAUUGGCAGAAAGGACGUCUAUAACAUCUUUAGAUUUUUUUAUUGUUGUUUGUAGUAAAUAAAUUACAAUAGUUGUAGAAGUCGUUAACAGAUGGCGCCAAUGUUUUUCUUACUAUAAUUGUGUGAAUUACUCUUCCAAUUUCUGCGUAUUACGUAUUAUAAACCUUAUAAAGUUUUUGUAUUAAGAUAUAAUUAAUACUCAAAGGUGUACGAAGAUAAGUGUUGAUUAACUUUGAAUACAAUAAUUCGCCAAUCCUACUUAUUAACCUCUGUUGUAAGCAUGAAUAUGAAGUGUUUACUUGUGUCCUUUUUUUAAAGGUACCUUCACACUCGACUUAGAAAAAAAACAAUGUAUUUCAAACAUUAAUCUCCCCUUCCCCCCAAAAAAAAUUCUUGAAAAAGUUUAAAACAUGUUAAAACAAUAU